CUCACUCCCACUGUCUCCACACUAGAAAAACCACGUCCUCCUUUCACUAGCAAACAUCCAACGCACUAUCUCUUUCUCACCCUUUUAUGUCCAAUUCAAUUCAUUUCAAUUCCCAUCCUUUAAAGCUCAAAUUUUUAGCCACACCCACCUUACAACCCCUCCACCACCACCGCCGCCACCACCACCACCCAAUUUCCCGACCGAAAUCAUUGUUUUCUACUCUCCAAACCCACUUUACUUUUCGUCUCAAUUCAACUACUACCAUGAUAACCGCCCCAAACACAAUAUAAUGAUUUUGUAAGUGCCUUGAAUAGUGGAUAUCACCAUGGAAACCCAAUCUGAACACCACCUUUUCAAUGGAGCGUGUCGGGGUAUUAUUUUCGGGAAGUACGAGAUGGGGAGGCUGCUGGGUCAAGGAACCUUCGCCAAGGUGUACUACGGCAGAAACCUGGAAACCUCCGAGAGCGUGGCCAUCAAGGUUAUCCACAAAGACCAUGUGGCGAAGAAAGAGGCCAUGAUGGAGCAAAUCCAGCGGGAAAUCUCAGUCAUGCGAUUGGUGAAGCACCCAAACAUCGUGGAGCUCAAAGAAGUCAUGGCUACCAAGCACAAGAUCUUCGUCGUCAUGGAGUACGUCAGGGGCGGCGAGCUUUUCGAUAAGGUCGCUAAAGGGAGGCUGAAAGAGGAGACGGCGAGGAAGUAUUUCCAGCAAUUGAUCGGCGCGGUGGACUUCUGUCACAGCCGCGGCGUUUCUCACCGGGAUUUGAAGCCGGAGAAUUUGUUGCUGGAUGAGAAUGGGGAUUUGAAGGUUUCGGAUUUCGGGCUUUCGGCUUUGCCGGAGCAGCAGAGGAAUGAUGGGCUGUUGCAUACGCAGUGUGGAACUCCGGCGUAUGUGGCGCCGGAGGUUUUGAGGAAGAAAGGGUACGACGGUUCCAAGACUGAUGUUUGGUCUUGUGGGGUGAUUCUCUAUGCUUUGUUGGCCGGUUUUCUUCCAUUUCAAGACGAAAAUAUGAUGACAAUGUAUAGAAAAAUGUUCAAAUCACAGUUUGAAUUUCCGCCAUGGUUUUCCCCGGAAUCCAAGAGGCUAAUUUCCAAGAUCCUAGUCCCAGAUCCUGACCGGAGAAUCAAGAUUCCGGCCAUCAUGAGAGCCCCCUGGUUUCUAAAGGGAUUCAAAUUUCCAAUUCAAGAUGAUCCUGAGGAGGAGAUUAAGGAACCGGGUUCUCAAAUAACCUCCAAAUCAUCCCCGCCGUUCUUCAACGCGUUCGAGCUAAUCUCCUCAAUGGCUUCCGGGUUCGACCUGUCGGGCCUCUUCGAGACCCGCCGGAAUUCUGGGUCACUUUUCACGUCAAAAUGUUCCCCUCCUGAUAUCCUGGCGAAGCUGGAAUCGCUGGCCAAGAAGCUGAAUUUUAGAAUUGCGUGCGCCAAGGAGUUCAAGGUGAAGAUGCAGGGGAAUUCCGAAGGGCGGAAGGGGAAGCUCUCGGUGACCGCCGAGAUGUUCGAAGUGGCGCCGGAGGUGACGGUGGUCGAGUUCUCAAAGUCCGCCGGCGACACGUUGGAGUAUAGGAAGUUCUGCGAUGAAGACGUUAGACCUGCGCUUAAAGACAUCGUUUGGACAUGGCAGGGUGAGAGUAACUGUCAAAGUUAACCGUAUAAUGGUAGGCUCUGUAAUUAUAGGUCCAUGCGAGAUAAAAUAGUUAUUGUAAGUUGAGGUUGAAUUUUGUGAAUAGGGGGUGAUUAUGUAAACUUCACUUAUACCACCAUUCUCAUGAGUUUUCAGGUUGAUCUUAUUUGGAGUUAAUCAAACAAAGUCAUUUGCUUUAA